AUGACCGCUGACAGUAACAACGCCAGAUGCUAUACAAACCAUGAACUGGGUCAGUUCCUCGAGCAUAUGCUGCACGAUGGCACUAAGAAAAUCAUUCGUAUUGGAGGUCAGAGCCAUUCAAAUCUAUUGGAGGGACACAAUCUUCGGACAGUGUCACAAAUGGAAUCAAAGAGUAGGUCAGAGAGGUAUCUUCUUGCGAAGUCCUAUGAAGAUCUGGAUGAUAAAACGGAGGAUAUCAAGAGGGUACUCGGAAGGGCGCAUGGAACAUUACGGCAAAUGAAGUGGGACAACAUACAGAGGUACCUUUCCCGAUACUAUCCACGCAUAUACCUGGACAUCCAUUCUCUGUCUCCACGGGAGCGGAAAUAUCUUAAAAACUUUUGGAGCACAGAGAACCACAAGCAGGCUGUGGAUGACUUGUUUGAGGAUAUCAAGCAUACUUCUUCAACACAGCGAGAGGUGUCAAAAAUCCAUGAUAAAGUCGAUCGGAGGGUGUUGCAAGAAGCCGAUGUCAUUGGCAUCACGACUACCGGUCUAGCCAAGCGAAUAUCAACUCUGCAGAGGCUUAGAUGUAAAGUCGUCAUUUGCGAGGAAGCAGGGGAAGUGAUGGAACCGCACAUGCUUUCAGCACUACUUCCGCCAGUAGAGCAUUUCAUCCAGAUUGGGGAUCAUGAACAGUUGCGACCCCAAAUCAACAACUUUGGCUUGUCAUUGGAGAGCAAACAAGGUGUAUUAUACCAGCUUGACCGCAGCCAGUUUGAACGACUUUUGGUCGGCGUUCCCGGACGACCCAAAAUCCCCGUCGCCCAAUUGGAAGUCCAGCGGCGCAUGCGCCCUGCCGUUUCGAUGCUAAUCCGAGAGACAAUUUAUCCCAAUAUUCAAGACCACCGGACUACCCGGGACCUUCCAGACGUCGUUGGAAUGCGAAAGAAUCUAUUUUGGCUUGAUCAUGAUCACUUAGAGGACGGCGACUACUUCGAAAUGCACCACAAGUCGCAUUCUAAUGCUUGGGAGGCAGAGCUGGUUCACGCGCUCGUCCGCCACAUCGUCCGCCAAGGAGCGUACAGGAGCAGUGACAUCGCGGUGUUGACUCCAUACACCGGACAGCUUCAGAAGCUUCGUACGGCGAUGCGCAACGAUUUUGAAAUUGUUCUCAGUGACAGAGACCAAGAUGCACUGGACAAGGACGGUUUUGACGGCACAACACUUAGCUCACAAGAGGCUUCAUCUGAAAGCCCAUCGACUCAGAAGAAAGGCGGUUCUUUGGCAAAGAAAAAGUUGAGUGAACUACUACGAGUGGCCACUGUUGACAAUUUUCAAGGAGAAGAAGCAAAAGUCGUGAUCGUGUCUCUCAACAGAAGCAACGAGGCCCGGAAGGUUGGCUUCUUAAGAACUACGAACCGGAUCAAUGUUCUUUUAAGUCGUGCCCAGCAUGGCAUGUACCUCAUCGGGAACACAGAAACCUACACACAUGUCAAGAUGUGGCAAAUGGUCAUUGAACUCAUGCGAGCGUCGGAUUCCGUGAGCAGAACCCUUGGGCUGUGCUGCCCGCGACAUAGAGAAACUCUAAUAGAGGUAUCUGAGCCCGAUGACUUCCCUCGAUACAGCCCCGAGGGAGGAUGCUCGCAGGCUUGCCUUUGGCGCCUCCCGAACUGCGGCCACAUGUGCCUGGCGAGAUGCCACUCGGAAAGCAUGCACAAUAUCUUUUCGUGUCCGCAGCCUUGCCAGCGGCUACACGAGCCGUGCGGACAUGGAUGUCAGAAGCCAACUUGUGGAGAGGACUGCGGGAAAUGUCUCGUGUUACUAAAGGAUGUUGAACUUCCUUGUGGCCAUUUCAAGGACUCGGUAGCCUGUCACUUGGCCCAAAGGCCCGAAGCGAUCCGUUGCCAAACUAUGGUCGAAAAGGUAGUUCCAGGAUGCAACCACAACGUGGAGGUAGCAUGCUCAACGUCAGUGACUGCAGGAGGUUAUAUGUGUCCAGUGCCUUGUGCCACGCCGCUUCCAUGCGGCCAUAUUUGCCCAGGGACCUGUGGCAAAUGCAGCGGAAAGAAUAACGACGAGGUAUCAGAAGUUUCUCACCAGGGAUGUCGCAAGAUCUGCGGGAGACCGUUUGGUACGUGCAAUCACCACUGUCGCAAACUCUGCCAUGGAGGCACAGACUGCGGUCUGUGUGUUGCGCCUUGCGAGGUGAGAUGUCAACAUUCAAAGUGUGCCUCAAGAUGCAGCGAGGCUUGCACUCCAUGCGUUGAAAACUGCCAAUGGUCCUGCGAGCAUCAGGGAUCUUGCACAAUGCCGUGCUCGGCUGCAUGCGACCGGUUGCCCUGUGAUGAGCGAUGCGCGAAAUUGCUCUCUUGCGGCCAUCGUUGUCCAGGUAUUUGCGGUGAAACCUGCCCAGAAGAUUUGUGUAAAGAUUGCGGGAGAAGACAGGACGCUCAAGUUGAUCUACUCGAAAUGAAAACGUAUGCCGAAAUCGACGUCGAUCUGGCUCCUAUAGUCGUUCUUGGAUGCGGACACUUCUUCACAGCAGAAACUCUAGACGGCCUUGUGGGCAUGUACACAGCCUAUAUUUCUAACCCCGAAGGUCGCUUUACUGCACUGGCUGACAUAUCUGCUACCUUCGCGGAGAAGAUACCCCUAUGUCCUGACUGCAAGCGCCCAGUAAGGCAAUACGUAACGCGACGAUAUAAUCGAAUCAUCAACAGAGCCGUUGCAGACGAGUCAUCCAAGAGGUUUCUGGUCACAGGGAAGAACAAGCUGAAAAAGGUUGACAUUGAACUCGAGAAGCUACAGGAAGAACUUGCUGCAUCACACUCAGAUUUUUCGCGAUCCAUCAAUAUGUUGCAUGAACGCCGCCUGAAAGCGAUUUUCGAGAACCGAGUUCUGGCGCGGUAUACAGAUUGCGAUAAACUGCGCCGUAAAAUUAAAGACCUUCGCAGGAGGACUUCUGAACGCUACCAGCCAUCUCAUAAGCUCUACGAGGCGACGAUUUAUGCCCUGCGGAAAAAGAAAUCAGAUGGCCUGAGUGAAAAGCUUGCUAACCUGUCUCUGGAGAAUACACAGAAGCCCGUUGAAAGGGAUCGCCGUGUGACACUGGCAGGCGAGAUGGCGUUGUUGAAACUCGACUUUAUUACUCUGGAAGAUAAGCUGGGGGUUUUACUGGCGCUCAAAUCUGCAACGUCGACACAGGACUUCCAAUGCGGGCGGUUCUCCGCACCUUCUUGUCAAGCCGUUUCUGAAAACUUGCGCAUCCUUUAUUUUAAGCUGCGCCCUGAAGAAGUUGCCGCCAUCAAAAGAGCUAUGGUCACUGGACCGACUGGCUUGGCUACUCAUUCCGGCCAUUGGUAUAAUUGUGUUAACGGACAUCCGUUUGCGAUUGGCGAAUGUGGAAUGCCGAUGGAAGAGGCGCGCUGUCCUGAAUGCGGAGCGCCUAUCGGAGGAUCGAAUCAUCGCAGCGUCGCUGGGGUCACAUGUGCGGAAAACAUGGAGGAUUGA